AUGGCCAACAACAACAUCCAGCAGUGGUUUGAAAGUAUUGAUAUUGAUAGGAGUGGCGAGCUUGACGUUGGCGAACUGCAGCGGGCUUUGUCCUUGGGCAACUUGCACUUUGGAGUUUCCGACGUGGACCAAAUGAUACGGGCGUUCGACACACGUGGGCGAAGACGGUUAAGUUUGAUGGAGUUCCAGCGAUUGCACGAAUUUCUUGUCAAUAUCCAGAGCAGCUUCGCAUACUUCGAUGCUGACCGGAGCCGGACGCUGGUUCGGGACGAGGUUCGGCAGGCAUUGCGUCAUUCAGGCUUUCAGCUCGACGAGCCGGUCCUCGUGGCUAUGAUGUCUCGGCACGAUCCGGACAACUCGGGAACGCUCACGUUGGAUGAGUAUAUUCGGAUGUGUCUCUUCCUUCAGAGCUGUGUUCGGACUUUCACGGCGUUUGACCCGCAGCGAACGGGCCAGAUCCGGCUAGAUUUCAACCAAUGGGUAUACGCAGCCUCCCACGUGGCAUGA